AUGGAUAGAGAUUUUGAUUCGGAAUCGAAUUUUGAAGAGCGACUUAUUGAAGACGAGGAACGUAAUGAUCAGAGAUAUUACACGACCUAAUUGCUACUUUCAAUUCAAGGGUUGGGUACCUUCACCAAAGUUGAUAAUAUGAAUGUGUAUGCCAAAGGAGAAAAAGCUGAAGGGGCACUAAAACACCUGUGUCAACAAUGCAAAAAGGAUAUACCUGAUAAACCUAUAGCAAGAAUUUAUUUGGCAAAAUACAGAGUGUUUCAACUCAACUUGAUCAAUCUAUUGACAUGUUAUCCCCAAGAUAAGGUGCUUUCCUAUUAUGUUGUUAUCCUGAUGGAAUAAUUGACGAAUGUAGAUAGGUCGGGCAUUAAAUUGCAAACUCCAAACGCCCCUCAAAUGUUAGACACUCUUUAGGAAUAUAAACUAUAUUUUUUAAAACCAAUCGUAUUACAAACUUUGGUCAAUCACUUUGCCGAAUGUAUUUAAGUCGACUAAGAAUGUAGAACGAAAGUGCACAAUGAUAUGAUAGAGUUGAUUGUUUUGCUAUUCAAGAAUCUCCUCUCGAUUCCUGAUAUCGAGGAGACCAAAAUCGGACUGGAAAGUGGUAAGGAAGUCAAAAGGAAUCUUCAAAGAAACUUCAUCUAUUGUAUGAUUAAGGAAUCUGUGCUCUCUGCAUUUAUCUACAUAUCUCAGGAUUUCAAGUCCUCAUUCAUGCAAAGGAUAGCCCUUCCACUCAUGGAAAUCUUCUAUUAUGCCUUAACACCCUUUGAUCCAGAGUGGUUAUUAAGAGAUUCUGAGCAGGAGAAAGAACUCAUUUUGAAAUAAGCCUAGCAGUAUCGAUUGCAGAAACAAUAGCAUUUGAGUACUAUUCCAACAAGACAUUCAAGAUUUCCUGGGCUAUUUGUUACUAAAAGAGUUCUCUCACAAUCUGGAUAGAUCAGUAGUCAACCCUUCCAUCAGCAUCAAGUAAAUAAAUUAGCAAAUCAACGAUAAAAGCCUUAGGUUAGAGCACUCAUAUCGAAGCAGAAAACCAUUUUUGUAAAGCCCUUAACUAUUGAUCUCUAUGAUCCAGAAAAGGAGAAAAACUUUAAGGAAGAAUUGAGACAUUCCACUAUUGAUUUCUUGAUUCAUUGUUUUAGCAAAUUGAUUGAUCAAGCUUAUAUUGAAAUGAACAAAGAGAUCGUCGAUUCUGAUGACAAAGUCCAUUAUUUUGUUUUGAUUUCGCAUUUCUUAAAAUUUAUUAGAUUUCAUUGUAAAUAAAAUAAAGAAGACAAUCAAGGACAAUUGUCAUCAGAAUUCGUCUCUGUUUAAGCAGCUCUUCAAAUUACUUAAUUUAAUUUCAUUUAUAGCAAUUUGAUUAAUGAAAGCACCUAACUUAAAAAGAAGAAUUUCAACUAUAGAAAUUUCUUCGCAGUUAUAAAUGUCUUGUUUGAAUUUCUAAUGAUCGUUAGAGAAUUGUCACUUUCAGUUGAAUAAACAGAUCGAAGAAAUAGUUAAAUCCUUUUAUAAACCAUCGUUACUCAAGACAUAGCCAAGGCCAUAUCAAUUGGGUAUGGGUAUUGUCAAUUCGGAUUGUUUAAUGAUUAGAUGUUGUCGACCUUAGUUAAGUUGACAGCCCUAUAUUAUGAUCUAUUGGAAUUGCAUACCUAAGGAAAGGCAUGGUCGAUAAGAACAAAUAAAUUACUGAAGAAGAAAAUAAAAAAACAAUAAAAUAAGGCGAAUAGAGGAAGAAAGAGAAAGUAGGAUCAACCAAACGAGGAGGAUAAUGAUUUUAUUGAAAAAGGUCCAGAUGAGGAACAUUCAAUGAGAGAAGAAGAAGAGGAUGAGGAAAAUGAAGAAGAUGAUGACGAGAAUGAAACUGAAGAUGAUCAGCCCAUUUAUAAAGAAAGAAGAUGUAAUUUUGUAUCUGAAUUUGCAAUCAUUGUUGACUACAAAGUGUUGGAAAAGUAUUUCUAUUUAAUCAAAGAAGACAAAUUGUUAAGAAACUCAUCAGAACUUAACAUAGCAAUUUAUAAGUAUUUCAAAAGAAUUGUUGAUACUCUAAAAGCAGAUUGGAUCUUCUUUCAAUUAGAUUUUCUUUAUGUCAUCAAUUCAAUUAUCUAAAAUAAAUAGUUAACAUAUAAAAGUGAGUUCUUGAACUUGAUCUAACUAUUUAGAAGAAUCGGAAUCAGUUUUGUUUAAUUAUUCAAAGUUAAUCGAUUAAUGAGUGUUGAAAUUCUAUUCAGAUUUCCCAAUGCUGCAACAAAAGAUUCUAUUCUCAAAAACUAUCAGGAUUCAGUUGCAGAAGGGGGCGCUGACUUAGAAAAUUAUCAAUAAGAAGGUCCUAAAAAGAAAGUCAUUUGGACAUAGAAGGAAGAUAAGAUUUUAAUUGAAAAUUAUGAAAAGUACAAGGAUUGUGAAUAGCCUGAAGAAUAAUUGAGUCUUUUACUCAGUUAGAAUGGUUUCACUAUAAAAUCUCCUGCUGAAAUAAGAAAGAGAAUUCGAAAAUUUAGAUUGGAAGAGGGAAAUGAAAAAGCCAUAGCAUUGUAUCAAUAAUAAUAUGAGAUGAUUUCCAUGAAGAAGGUUGAAAUCAUGGCCAAGAGUGUUAAGAGUCUCUUAUAGGAAGUUGGAGAAGAAAGCUUAAAUUAGUUUUUCAAUCACUUGUUUUCAACAUUAGAGAACUAUGUUGAUUACAGAGGAUAAGAAUCCAUUGAAAUGCCAAUCCCACCAUUAGAUAAAUUACAAUUUGAGUUUUUUGAAAAAGGAUCUGUUCAGGCGAUCUUCUUGGGUUUGGAUCUGAAACCUCCAUCUUAAGGGGAAAUCUAUUGGAGAUUAUAAACACACACUUUUCGUCCAGAAAUCAAUGAAAUGAGAAGCAUGCUUACUAAAUAUCUUGAAAAGGCUAAGAAGAUUGAUGAUGAUUAAAUUAUUGAAGAGUUUCAACCGCUAUAAAUUAAUUCAUAGAAGAAAUAAUUGGAUUCAAAAAAGAAGGUUAUUGAAAAUAUAUCUGCUUACGCUGAAGAUGAAUUAGAUGAUGAGAAUGAGCAGUAAGGAUCAGAUAAGAAGGUUGUAGAGAAGAAAAUGAAAUUAGAUAAAAAAUCAAAAGAUUUGGAUUCAGAAGAGGAAAGAUAAAUAUAUGAAAAAUAUAUGGAACAGUAAGCGCAGAAUGAAUAGAUAUAAAGAGAUGUAGAAAAUAAAAGUAAAGAUAAUUACGAUGAUAUUUUUGAUUGA